AGAUCUGCACAUGAGCGCGCUCGGUCUGGAAGUCGCAGAGCCGGGCAGAGAGACUGACAGAAACUCCGUUCACACUUUAAAAAGUCCACUUUUUAAGAUGCCACGAUCUUUCUUGGUGAAAAAACACCUCAGUCACAAGAAACCGAACUACAGCAUGCUGGACUCAAAGAAACAAGAUGCCCAAACACAGCUGAUCCACAUGCAGACAUCAUGCUCCAAAUCCAACUUUCCGCAUCCAAAUAACACCCUGCUGCCUGGACCGUGCCUCAUGAACUCAACUGUAAUCACCACACUGCAGAUGAACUCAGCUAAUCCAGUGAUUCACCCACAGCCUUCACAGGACCCCAGUCUUCCAGGGGACGGCCCAGCUCUGGGCCACACUUACCCCCUUCCAGUGAAUCAUAACCCUUUCAGAAACUCACAGCCCACCCUUACCCUGCCGGAGGCCGCAGGACCGCAGCCGCUGGAACACAGUCACAGCAUGAAACAUGUGGAGGACAGCGGGGCACCCAGUGUCACCAUGUCCUUGUUAGGACUCGCCUCCACAGGCAGCAGCCAGGAGCGCUUUGAGUGUUUUGACUGCCACAAAGCCUACUUCACCUUCUCAGGCCUGGCCAAGCACAGACAGCUUCAGUGCGAGUGGCAGUGUCAAAAAUACUUCAGCUGCAAGUACUGCGACAAGGAGUACGUGAGCCUGGGAGCCCUGAAGAUGCACAUCCGCACACACACGCUGCCCUGUGUGUGCAAGCUGUGCGGGAAGGCCUUCUCCAGGCCCUGGCUUUUGCAGGGACACAUUCGCACACACACAGGUGAGAAGCCAUUCUCCUGUCCUCACUGCAGCCGAGCGUUCGCCGACCGCUCCAACCUGCGAGCUCACCUGCAGACACAUUCGGACAUUAAAAAGUACCAGUGCAGGAGCUGCUCCAAAACGUUCUCCAGGAUCUCCCUCCUGUCCAAGCACGAGGAGGCCGGCUGCUGCCCGAUGUCCUGAUGCUCUCUCUGGUUCUGCCCUUACUCAAGGUCAUGGCUUCUCUCAGGGACUCCUCAAGAGCAGGAGCAUAUUUACUCACAAGGAAAGACUGGGAAAGAGCACUGCUGCCAACACAAAGUGUCCACACAUCAUGUAGUUGCACUGUAAUAAUCUGUUUUGGGGCACUGUUGCAUUUUGAACCCUGUAGGCUUAUUAUGCACUGAAUAGCAGAUGAAAAUGUUUGUGCUGAGUGACUGAGAGUGUUGCAUGCUGCAGAAAACAUACUUGAAGAUCUAUGACAUUUCUGGUGACUGUAUAUGUUAAAUUAAUAGCACUUGUACAGGAUCUCCAGCUUAAGAUUUUGUAUGAGCGACUG